GAUGCCUGGCACGGUGUUGGGCGUAGGUCCGGGCGUGUUUCUGCUGGGUCUCAUCUGGAUCGCCACUCUGCUGCUCGCCGUAUUGCUGUCUAGGGCAUCAAGAUCGGCCAAAUUCUCCAUCAUCCCGCUGAUCUUACUGGCGAUCGUGGUCACGCUGGUGCUGCUGUUCUUCCCACGGAGCUCAGAGAUUCCCACCCCGGUCAGGGAGGUGGAGACGGUGGACGGCUUCUUCGUCGGCCGCUACGUGCUGCUCUCCGUGGCUGGGGCGGCUUUUUUGGCCGCCCUCUUCCUGCUGCUGCCCCUCCACUUCCUCACGCCCGUCUACGCCAAACCCCUGCAGCUACAUUAGCAUGCAGACACGGAUCUCGCGGCCGGGCCGUUAAAGCCCAAUAUCAGCGUCUUUAUUUUUUUCCAGUGGAUGAAUAAAGCGCUUUUCUCGUGCUGUAUGAAAGAUCCCAGGACAGUAAUAUCACUACAGCAUAACAAGAAGAUAGCAAACUGUCUUCUCAAAAAUUAUUUUGUUAAUAUGUUUAUUUUUUCCACUCCUGCUGAUGGCAUAUUCGCAUUAAGUUAAAAUGUCAGUUCUCCAGCAUUUCCUUUCUACGGUUUGUUGGUUGUACUGUAUUAUAUAGGCCUAUUGCUACAACAAAAAAAUGUAGAAUGUGCAAUUUCCUUGAAUUUUAAUGUAUGUCUUUAGCUGAGCAUUUUGCAGAAAGUACCCUCAAAUGCUUUUCUCUGUAGUUCUCUGUUUAUUCGUUAUAUACAUUUCUGUAUAUUAGUUUAUUUUUGCAGUGUGACUACCUUUGUAGUUUAUAGUAAUAUUUUUGUUCUGCUUACAUAUAAUUUCCGAAGCUUUCAAUAAACAUAGUUUUAUAUUUUCUUUUUA